AUGGACAAGUUUUCAGAAAAUUAUGAAACAUAUAUGAAUUCUAAGCCCGAUAUCUCAAAGGUGUCCGAAUUAGAAUUCUAUAAAGAAGGGUAUUCAAUUAUGUUGAAAGCAUAUGAAGCCAAUAUGCAAGUUGCAUAUUGUGAUAGUAAGAAUUACGCAAAUAUUGUUGAUGUUUCACAAUCUGAUUUCUUUAAAUUUAUUACUACUAUCACGAAAAACGGAGUUACCUCUUCAACAUAUUCAAUAAGAGCAGAUUUAAUAAUAAAAUUCUUGGAACCAGAAAUUCGACCAUUGGAGUACAACACCACUAUGGCCGUAUGUGAUUCUACUGUUGGACUAGUGAUUACUAAAUUACUAAGCGAUUAUCCAUCCUUAAAAGAAUAUGAAACAUGUUCUUCUAAGAUUUGUCAAGAAAGCUCUGAACGGAAAUUAAUAUAUUUAACAUAUCAAAUUGAUUUCGAAAAUAGUAUUAGUAAUCUACAACAAUUUAUUAAUGAUCGCACAGCCAGAAUACACGAUCGGAACUGCUUUCCACCUUGUUUUGGAAAUAAGAAUGUAACACUAAAUUUAUCGCACAUGCAUUUAUUUAUUGACGUUUUAAUCUGGGAAGGAGAAAAUAUUAUAUCUACUCAAAGGAGCAGUGAGACAGCUAAUUUAUUAAAAGUUAAGCUCUGUGACAUUCCGCUGUUAUUGAUUCAUGGAACAACGAAAUAUGAACUUCGUGGUGCUGUCUGUUUUCAUCGUGGUAAGAGUGGUUUAAGGACUUCAAUUGGGCACUAUACAGCAUAUGUAAAAAGAAGUAGUGGUCGUCAAUGGGAACUUUUCGAUGACAUGAAAAAAAAACCUGUUCCAGUUAAGGACACAACAACCAUAAUGUGUGAAUUUUUGGUUUAUACAGUUUGACAAUUUAUUUGUUGUACCUUUUAUUAUAUUUAUUAUUUUAACUUUUAUAAUUAUUAUUUUAGAUAUUUAACAAUAAAUAAGAAUAAGAUUAAUAUUUUAAAAA